AUGUCCACCCCGGUCUCCCCCUCCCCAUCGCUCUCCCCGCUCACCCUGGCCUCCUCCCCGUCCUCGGCCAACUCCACCUCCUCAACCUCCUCGCCCUCCUCCACCGUUGCCGGUGUCGGUGUGGCGGGGGGCUCCUCUCCCCUGCCCUCGCCCCUGUCCCCCCCGCCCAGGGUGCCCGUGUUCCAGAGGAAGGGCGCCCUGAAGCACAAGCGCAUCGUGGAGGUGAAGGACCACCAGUUCACCGCCCGCUUCUUCAAGCAGCCCACCUUCUGCAGCCACUGCACCGACUUUAUCUGGGGUAUUGGCAAACAGGGAUUUCAAUGUCAAGUCUGCAGCUUCGUUGUCCACAAACGCUGUCACGAGUUUGUGACCUUCACGUGUCCCGGCUCCGUGACUGCUCCCGUACAGGACGUCAUGAAGACUCAGCACAUGUUUAAGGUGCAGACAUACUCCAGCCCCACCUUCUGUGACCACUGUGGCUCGCUCCUCUACGGCCUCAUACACCAGGGCAUGAGAUGCUCCUGCUGUGAGAUGAACGUGCACCGGCGCUGCGAGACCAGUGUUCCCAGUCUGUGUGGACAGGACCACACGGAGAAGAGAGGACGCAUCCACCUGACCGUCCGCGGAGAGAACGAGGAGAUCUUCGUCACAGUUGGGGAAGCCCGCAACCUGAUGCCGAUGGACCCCAAUGGCCUGUCGGACCCCUACGUGAAGCUCAAGCUGAUCCCGGACCCCAAGAGCCACAGCAAGCAGAAGACCAAGACCAUCCGCUCAACCCUGAACCCCAUCUGGAACGAGAGCUUUGUGUUCUCGGUGCGCGGCAACCAGUGGGACCGGCGUCUGUCCGUGGAGGUGUGGGACUGGGACCGCACGUCCCGCAAUGACUUCAUGGGGGCGCUGUCCUUCGGCGUGAGCGAGAUCUUCCGGCGCUCGGUCAGCGGCUGGUACAAACUGCUGGCCCAGGAUGAGGGGGAGUACUACAACAUCCCCGUCCCGGACCCCGACCUGGAGGAGCUCCAGCCAGACCCCUCCACCGUCACCGCCCUGUCCCCCGGCGCGCUCCCUUCCCAGCUGCCCGAGGCCUUCCCAGCUCAGCUCCCAGUCAGCCCCACCCGCACAGGUACCCCCGGCCCACCUGCCCACGCCCCCGGUCCCAGCAAGACCAAGGUGGGCAUCCAGGACUUCAACUUCCUCAUGGUGCUGGGCAAAGGAAGCUUCGGCAAGGUGCUGCUGGCCGAGGAGCGGGGCAGCGAGCGGCUGUUUGCGGUGAAGGUGCUGAAGAAAGACGUGCUGUUCCAGGACGAGGACACGGAGAGCGCCAUGGUUGAGAGGAGGGUGCUGGGCCUGCCCUCCAGACCCCACUUCCUCACCUCCCUCUACUGCGCAUUCCAGACCGAGGAGCGUUUGUAUUACGUGAUGGAAUACGUGAAUGGAGGUGACCUGAUGUUUCACAUCCAGAUAGUUGGCAAGUUCAAAGAGGCCCACGCGGCGUUUUACGGUGCUGAGAUUGCAGUCGGCCUCUUCUUCCUCCACAACAAAGGGAUCCUUUACAGGGAUCUGAAGCUUGACAACGUGCUGCUGGACAGCGAGGGCCACAUCAAGAUUGCCGACUUUGGGAUGUGCCGGGAGGGCGUCUUCGAGGGGGACACCACCCGCACCUUCUGCGGCACCCCGGACUACAUUGCACCCGAGAUCGUGGCAUACCAGCCCUACACGAAAGCCGUGGACUGGUGGUCGUACGGGGUACUGCUGUAUGAAAUGCUGGCCGGACAGCCUCCGUUCGAUGGCAUCGACGAGGAUGAGCUGUUCCAGUCUAUAAUGGAGCAGAGCGUCACGUACCCUAAGAGUCUCUCGCGCGAGGCCGUCGCCAUCUGCAAAGGACUGCUGACCAAACACCCCGCCAAGCGCCUGGGCCGCGGGGAGGAGGGCGAGAGGGAGAUCAGGGAGCACCCCUUCUUCCGCUGGCUGGACUGGGACCGGCUGGAGAGGCUGGAGAUCGCGCCGCCCUUCAAACCCAGAACUUGUGGGAAGAAAGCAGAGAACUUUGAUAAGUUCUUCACCUCAGCCCCCUCGGCGCUGACGCCCUCCGACCCCGACGUGCUGGCCGCCAUCGACGAGGAGGACUUCCAGGGCUUCACCUACACCAACCCGGACUUCGCCCCCACCCCGCUCACCGCCGUUUGA